GGGCACGUCCCCGAGGACGUCAGCUCUGGACUUAUGGUCGUUUUGAAAAAUCGACGCGUAUAAAAGAUGUGGGCAAACGGCCGACACGAUUGAGUUUGAGUUCCACGGGGUUGCCGAUCGAUCAUCGUUACUCAUAUAACAGACGCAAAGUGCCGAUUUGAUUGUAUUUACGCGUUGUAUACGAUAUUACUUUAAACAAAAUAACGAUAAACAUAUAGCGAUGUACACAACGAAAAUGAUGCGUCUUUCGUCUGCCAUCACAGUCUUGAUGAUCAUGGUUGCAGCAGCGUCUGCCGGAUUUUAUCCGGCGACGAUGGGCAACAAAGGUGCUGCCGUGGGACGAACUAAAUCUGACACCAAUCGUGACACUUCAGGCGAUAGCUACCACAUACAGUCGUCUGAUGGACAAUUUGUAUUCGGACACGCCAAUGGAGAACAGGGCAGAGCCGAGAUGCGCGACAGCGACGGUACGGUGACCGGAUAUUACAGUUACGCGGACCGCGACGGUCGAGUGGUUCGUGUCGAUUACGUGGCGGACAAGGGCGGAUACAGAGUGAUUUCGAACGCCGGCGUGCAGUCCGCUUCGGUGACCGUUCAGGCGGACGGCGGUGGUGCUCCCGCUGCUCAAACCGAUUUCCGCAAACUGUACUCGGACAUGACCCGACGCAUCAAAAGCACAGUCAUUCAACGAGGUCAAAAAAUGGUGGAUCCUAUCGGUGCAGGCCAACAGCCAGUCGUCAUGGAUCCGAUUUUACACCCAACUGAAGAGACAAAACAUUCAAACCAAGAAGAAAAAAUCGAUUUUCCGGAUUGGAAUCAAGUGAAGAUAUCUACGACCCAAAAACCAAUGGAUGGAAUUGCAGAACAAGGUGAAGGACAACAACAACAAGAAAUUGUAGAUCCUAAUUUGGAUAGUGUUAAGAUUACAACUCAAAAAUCAAAUCAGAUUGAAAGAAAUGAUAACGAUGACCAAGGAUCUAUUGGCGAUUCGAAGAUUGGAAUGAUCACUACAGAAAUGCCUUUAGUACCAUUAGUUCCGUUCCAGCCUCAAGUUAACACGAGAGGAGAUCGUAAGGGAGGAUACUCUGAUACAGUAUCGCACGAAGAUCAUGCCAAGGAAAUUACGACUGAAGUCGGCAAUUCUAUGGUCGGUGCAGAAUUUACCGUAAUCGAUGACACAGAAAAUAAUUCACCGGUCACGAAACCCAUAUCGAUUAUAAGCAACAUUCAAACAACGGUAUCAUAUUACGACGGGCCUGGACAAACCACUGAAAGUAACGACGGACGACUAGCUUUCCAGACAACAAUAUCUGGUGUAAAACAAUUUGAUGAAUAUUCAACAGCAGUGGUUUCAGAAAGGGCGACGGAGCAUUACCAAACCAUUAAAGAGAACGAGGACAAAAUUAAGAUUUCAUCUGAAACGGAUGUACUGGUGACCAUCAAACCACUACAGGAUAAUGAAUCAUUUGAAAAUGUACAGACUACAGUUGAACCGAGUCGUCAAACCGACGUCCAAACCACCGGCGUAUCGUCCAGUGUCGAUUACACGACGAUCGAAACGGUAAACAGAAAUCCCGCUUUAGUCAGUACGCUGCGGCCUUCGUACGAAUCUGAGAUCGCUACAUCGCAGACCGGUGGUAGGGUCGGUGACACGGAAACCACAACUGCAGUCGAUGCAGCAGGCAUUCAGUACGUGACCGAACAGAACAAUAAUAAUGAAGACCGUCCUGAGUUUAGAACCCUAGAGCCCACAGAGUCGAUUGGGACUACCAUCAGACCUGACUUGGAAAAUUCCCAGCAAGAACAAGAGAUAGUUUGGCCAGAAAUCCCACAAGAGCCAGUGCCUCAAGUCUUGGUACCGCUGGAUCCAUAUCCCGCCGAAGAUGUGAGGCCGAAAAAUUCUGGUGUCAAGACUCUGCCAAACGAUUCGAGACCGGUCAGAGAUUACAAACCGGACGAAUUGAAAGCAGAGGCCAACGUCUCAGAAAUCGAAACAACGACUCUGAUAGAAAAUAAUGAAGGAGAAAACGGAACUAUGUUCAAUUUUCCCAAAUAUUAUCUCAUAGGCUGACGAUGGACGCGCGUAUCAUAAUAAAUAAAUAAUAACUAAUAACAUUUUACCUACGAAUAUUGUGUUCAUUAGACUUGUUAAUAUGCAGCUUAUUAGCUUUGCGUGUACACUCAUUUAUGACAAUCGUAAUUAUAAAUUGUACACUUCUCGAAUUAAAUAACAUGUUAUGUAUAAUUAUAUUGAAAUUAAUGUAUUCCAAUAAAAAUUAUUGAGUUACUGUA